GGAGCACGUGGGCUCGCGGCGGUUGAAUCAAACAUGGCAGCGCCCAGCGCUGAAGCGGAAGUUGGUGGCGCGUGAGGCCCCGGGACCCGCGACCGCCCCAGCUCAGCAACAUCAAUAACUUCAUAUGAGAUUGUUUCCCAGUUCUCUCCUUCCUGUGCCCUCAUCCAAAAUCACUCUUAAAAUAUCAAGAUCACCUCUUCCCCAUUCUGUCAUCUCAAGUGUGUGAAAUAUCAAUUAGACAUUGUACCUCAAAGAAUGCAGCCUGUUUGGAAGAGAUUUGGCAUUUCUUCCUCAUGUCUAAAAAAGCAGCUAACUGGAUUCAGGGUUUUAAUUAAAUGGCAAAAGACACUUGCUCCAGGAUGCAUCAGAUCUAUUUACAGCGAGACAGGGAAGUGGGAAAACAGCUAUAAACUGGAGACAAGAAAGAGAGUGGAAAAAUGGUGGUUUCCAAGAAUAAAGGAACAGUUCUGCAAAAUUUCGGAAACAGAUAAAUCAAAACCAAAGUUUUAUGUGCUUUCCAUGUUCCCCUAUCCUUCCGGGAAGCUACACAUGGGCCAUGUCCGUGUCUAUACCAUCAGUGACACAAUAGCACGGUUCCAGAAGAUGAGAGGAAUGCAGGUGAUAAAUCCAAUGGGAUGGGAUGCUUUUGGACUGCCUGCAGAAAAUGCUGCAAUUGACCAUGGGCUGCACCCAGUAACCUGGACACAAAGUAAUAUUCAACACAUGAAGGAGCAGCUUAAUGCACUAGGUCUGGCUUUUAGCUGGGAACGGGAAAUAACCACUUGUUCGCCAGACUACUAUAAAUGGACACAGUACCUCUUUAUUAAGUUAUUCGAAGCCCGGUUAGUUUAUCAAAAAGAGGCCUUGGUUAAUUGGGACCCAGUGGAUCAGACAGUUCUAGCUAAUGAACAGGUGGAUGAAAAUGGCUGCUCAUGGCGUUCAGGAGCAAAAGUGGAACAGAAGUAUCUCAAGCAGUGGUUUAUCAAGACUACUUCUUAUGCAAAGGCCAUGCUAGAUGCUUUGUCAGAUCUCCCUGAGUGGUAUGGUAUAAAGGAAAUGCAAGCAAACUGGAUAGGUGACUCUGUUGGAUGCUAUCUUGACUUCAUGCUAAAGGUUGAUGGCAAAGUAACAGGAGAGAAGUUAGCUGCCUACACCUAUACGCCUGAAGCCAUUUAUGGAGCUUCCCAUAUAUAUAUCUUACCUGAACAUAAACUACUGCAUGGCAAUAGCAGUCUGAAGGAAGUCUUUCAGAGGGAGUUCAUCCCAUGCAAAGACAGUCUUACUUCAGUGACAGCUGUGAACUUGCUUACCAAUCAGGAAAUUCCUGUAGUAAUCUCUGCAAAAUCAGAUUUUCAGAACUGUCUUGAUACUAAGAUAGGAAUUCCUAGCACUAAUCCAGAAGAUGCUGCAGUAGCUCAGAACCUGGGUCUUUCUUUCACUGAAGUCCUUGAAGUGCUUCCAGAUGGUUUGGAGAAAAUGAUCAACUCUGGAGAGUUCACAGGCAUGACUAGGCAGGAAGCAUUGAAAGCCCUAACCCAACAGGCCAGAAGUAAAGAAGUAGGUGGAGACCUAACAAGUGACAAAUUAAGAGACUGGUUAAUAUCUCGACAACGGUACUGGGGAACACCUAUUCCCAUAGUUCACUGUCAGACCUGUGGUUCUGUCCCUGUGCCAUAUGAGGAUUUACCUGUGGUGUUACCCAAUAUAACCACCUUUAUGGGGAAGGGAACUUCCCCUCUACAAACUAUUCCAGAGUGGAUGAACUGUUCAUGCCCAAGGUGCAAAGGACCUGCAAAACGUGAAACAGACACCAUGGAUACAUUUGUUGAUUCUGCUUGGUAUUACUUGAGAUACACUGACCCUCAUAACUCUGAUAGGCCUUUUAAUAAAGAUUUGGCUGACUACUGGAUGCCUGUGGAUUUGUACAUUGGGGGAAAGGAACAUGCAGUUUUGCACUUGUACUAUGCUAGAUUCCUCAGCCAUUUUUGCCAUGAUCAAAAGAUGACCAAAACCAAGGAGCCUUUUCAUAAGAUUUUGGUCCAAGGCCUCAUCAAGAGUGAGACCUUCAGACUAACAACAACAGGCCAAUAUUUGAAGCGAGAGGAAAUCGAUCUCACUGAGACGGGACCAGUUCACGUAAAAACUAAAGAGAAGGUGCAGGUCACAUGGGAAAAAAUGAGUAAAUCCAAGCACAAUGGGAUAGAUCCUGAGAAAUUUGUCCAGCUGUAUGGCAUUGAUACUAUGCGACUCUUCAUCCUUUUUGCAGCCUCUCCAGAACAAGACAUCUUAUGGGAUAUUAAAACUGAUGCUAUCCCUGGUGUUCAGAGAUGGCAGAUACGCCUUUGGUCUCUAGCAACCAAGCUUAUUAAAGCCAGAGCUUCUGGGACUCUGCCCAACCCUGAGCUACUGGGUAAAAAGGACAAGGCAGAAGCUAGGAAGAUCUGGGAGAACAAGAACCUUACGAUCUCUGAGGUAACAAAAUGCUUUGCAAAGUAUCACGUGUUAAAUGCCGCAGUUUCUCGAUUGAUGAGCCUCAGUAAUAUACUCUUACAAGCCUCGCAACCCCUUAUGCUCCACAGCGUGGAAUUUGAGGAAGCUUUCGCCACUCUCUGCAUUAUGCUUGCACCUAUGGCCCCCCACAUAGCCUCUGAGCUAUGGAAAGGUUUGGUACAUGUGCAGAAUAAACUUUGCACCCAGUAUAACUGGGAUGCUGAUGUGCUACAACAGUCCUGGCCCAAAGUAGACCCAGAAUACCUUCAGCAGCCAGACAUUCUAGAGAUGUCUGUUCUGAUCAAUAACAAAGUUUGUGGCAAAAUUAAUAUCCCUCACCAAGCAGCUCAAAAUGCUGAAGAAGUCCAUGAACUAGUUCUUCAAAGUGAGCUGGGAGCCAAAUUGCUCAAAGGACGCACCAUCAAAAAAGCCUUCCUGUCUCCAAGAACAGCCCUAGUCAACUUCCUAGUGCAAGAAUAAUGGGAAAACUUAUUGUUUUAGACUGGUAGCCUGUGAGUGGCUAAUGGAAUGUUUCAAAAUAAAGCCUGUUUAAGACAUCA